AUGAGCUGGCAAAAUUUCGUCGAUGAAAGUCUGUUAGGUACGAGCCAGGUAGCCAGAGCAGCUAUACAUGGUUUGGAUGGGAAACGCUACGCUUCGAGCGCUGGAUUCGUGGUCAGUGUUUGUUGAAUUGUUUUUUAUAAAUUUGCUUCGUGGCUUUGUUUCUCAGGUAAACAAUCGUAUGCGCCUUAGUUUCACAUGAAGCGUGACUUUAAUGUUUGGUUUUUGAUCUCUAGUCGAGAGCACGUUGGAAAUGUUUUUUACGUAUCGAGUACAAACUCUUGAAUCACUUACGUUGCAUACCACCUGGCUUUCGCACCUUGUCCGUCAGUUGAUAAUUGAAUAGACUUAAAGCCUUUUAAUUAAUCUGUUUACGCGCAAUGUUUUGGGCAAAGACGUUUUGAAAAAUUCCAGAGUAGCCUAACAUUUGUGCUUCAUAAGUUGUAUAUAUCAGUCACAGGAUGUUUUCAUUUUGAACAUUUUUUGCCCUAAGGCGUUUGCAUGUUCGAGACUUACUGUCUAUAUGAACUGACAAACAGAAGUUUUGUCCAAUACACCUAGCGCAGAACUUCAAUAAACCACCGGGGAAUUAGUAGAGAGAUGAGUGUGUGCGAUAAUUGUAAUAAUCGUUCCGUCUUCCUUUUUUUUUUUUUUUUUACAAGAUAACAGUCACUUUACAGGAUAGAUCAAACGUCUCUGUUGUGAUCAUGAUAGAAAAUGGAAAUCCAAGAGUACAAAUGGAUUCUACUUAUUGCUUAACCCUUUCAGUCCCAGUAAAAUUAUUGUGAUUUUAGUUCAGAGAAUUUGAUAUCUGAUCAAUCAUCCCCUACUUGAUUUUUUUCUUUUCAUUCUCACCACUUUUCUGCUUGAUAUUGUACCGAUAUUGUGAGGAGAAAUUUGGUCUUGGUCAGUCAUGGGAAUUAAAAAGUUUUAAGGGGUUAAGCAUUUUAUAAGUUAUGACUUUCCGAUGAAACUAGUUGGAAGUACAACUAAAUUUAGUAUUGAAUCACAUGCUCUGGUCUACAGAUGAUUAAAAAAUUUUCUGGCUGUUUCUAUUUUAUUACACAGGUUUUACCAAGUGAGGCUCAAGCAUUGAUCAGUGGAAUUACCAAAGAUCCUUCUCCUUUCUUUUCCAAAGGAAUCGCAGUGAAUAGAACAAGGUAUAUUUUUGUGAGAUCAGAUCCUGGACAUGCAAUUUAUUGUCGUAAAGGCAAUGAGGGAGUUGUUGCAGUAAAGACUAACAAGUGCCUGUUGAUUGGUGGAUACACAGAUGGAAUGCAAGCAGGGUGUUGCAGUGCUGUGAUGGAGAAACUAGCAAAUUACUUCAUUGCUAUUGGAUACUAA